UUGACCCCGCCCACAUUUCAAAUUACGGAAGGAAGAAGAAUACAGCUGCUGUAGCUCCUAUAUGCAUUUUGCAUGAAUAUUUUCCGCAUGUUUUCAAAGCAAUCAAAACGUGUUGCUUAAUUGGAUUAGCCCACCUGAGAGCCCCGGCUGGAGGGAACAGAUUGAGAUCCUCUCCUCUCCAGCAGCAUCAGUGGACCAUGGACAGUGAGGGCAGAAAGGUUGUCGUCUGUGACAAUGGCACAGGGUUUGUCAAGUGUGGCUUCGCUGGCUCCAACUUCCCAGAGCAUAUCUUCCCUGCCUUGGUGGGUCGGCCCAUCAUCCGAUCAAACAACAAAGUUGGAAACAUCGAGAUUAAGGACCUGAUGGUGGGUGACGAGGCCAGUGAGUGUCGCUCCAUGCUGGAGGUGUCCUACCCCAUGGACAACGGCAUGGUGCGCUCCUGGGAAGACAUGCUUCACCUGUGGGACUACACCUUCGGCCCAGAGCGCCUGGACAUCAGCCCCCCAGACUGCAAGGUGCUUCUGACGGAACCGCCCAUGAACCCCACUAAGAACCGUGAGAAGAUCGCUGAGGUCAUGUUUGAGACCUACCAGUUCCACGGCAUCUACGUCGCAAUCCAGGCCGUGCUCACUCUCUAUGCCCAGGGUUUGUUGACAGGCGUAGUUGUGGAUUCGGGGGACGGGGUGACCCAUAUAUGUCCUGUGUACGAGGGCUACUCUCUACCCCACCUCACACGCAGGCUGGACAUUGCUGGACGUGACAUCACGCGCUACCUCAUCAAGUUGCUGUUGAUGCGUGGCUAUGCCUUUAACCACUCGGCUGACUUUGAGACGGUCCGCAUGCUGAAGGAGAAGCUGUGCUACGUGGGAUACAACAUCGAGCAGGAGCAGAGACUGGCUACAGAGACCACCGUGCUGGUGGAGUCAUACAUGCUGCCUGACGGUCGUCAGGUGAUGGUGGGAGGGGAGCGGUUCGGAGCCCCGGAGGCCCUCUUCCAGCCCCACCUCAUCAACGUAGAGGGUGCAGGCGUGGCUGAGCUGCUGUUCAACACCAUCCAGGCUGCUGACAUAGAUCUCAGGUCUGACUUGUACAAGCACAUUGUUCUGUCAGGAGGCACCACUAUGUACCCCGGCCUUCCCUCCAGACUGGAGAGGGAGAUCAAACAGCUGUACCUGGAGAAGGUGCUGCAGGGGGACACUGAGAAACUUUCUAAGUUUAAGAUCCGCAUUGAGGACCCCCCAAGCCGUAAACAUAUGGUGUUUAUGGGUGGAGCGGUGCUGGCCAACAUCAUGAAGGACAAGGAGUCCUUCUGGCUGAGCCGUGCUGACUACCUGGAGAAAGGCCUGAGGGUUCUGGACAAACUGGGGUGUGGUGUGAAGUAGAGGUGAAAUAGAGGUGGUUAGCUAGGGUCACACACAGACACAGACACAGACAGAGAUAAGGCCUGAGGGUUCUGGACAAACUGGGGUGUGGUGUGAAGUAGAGGUGAAAUAGAGGUGGUUAGCUAGGGUCACACACAGACACAUACACAGACACAGACACAGACACAGACAGAGAUAAGGUCUGGGGGUGCUGGACAAUCUGGGGUGCAGCAGUAGACAGAAGUCUGGGAGUCCUGGGUUAUAUUCACUAGGCUCCAAGAAACGAUGUGCUAAAAACAACCCUAUUUGGGUUAUUUGGUAACUCAGCGCUGGUUAAAUAGUGGACAGAACACCUAGGGUUAUUUUGACCAACAAGUUGGGUUGUUGGGAUUACCCAAACAUGGGUUCAUUUAGCCAUCAGCUGGGUAUUUUUACUCUCACGCUGGGUUGACCUAGCAGCUGGAUCUUUUUUAACAGGAGGCGUGACUUAUUAGGGGUGUGUCUUUCAGCAAGAUCUUAUCGGUCACCCAUGAGAUUAAAUGUCAUUACUGUUCAUUACAGUUCAUUACAGUAUGUUAAGUCUGUUGUAAGAGAAUAACAUUUUCAUAUUCGUCACUGUCAACUUUCCAAGUUGUUUCGUACUGUCAAGUUAACAUAUUGUAUUGCAUACAAUACAACAAUUAUACAGUACAAUACACUUGUAAGGUUUCAUAUUUUUACCAUUUGAAUUCUCACUGUGUCUAAUGGAAUCAUUUUGAAGUAGCCAUUGUUUCAAAUGCAUAUGCAAAUAAAUAUAACUGACGUUAGCCUAAACGUUAGCCUAAACGUUAGCCUAAACGUUAGCCUAAACGUUAGCCUAAAUACAAAUUGAAUAAAGUGAAUGUCAUUGUUUUUGAUGACUGACUAGCAGUGGUGGAAAGUUCUUAAAUAAAAAAUACUUUAAAUUACUA